UCGUUUUGGUCUCGUAAGCACGCGUCUAGUUGCCUCGCGCUAUUGCACCGGCAAUAAUGAGGUUUCUUCGCCUGCUCAUCCUCUUCAGCAAACUACUGUUACAAGGGAUUAUAUUUGGCCAGCCUUCUCUGCAUCCUGAAUCAGUUUAUGCUUGUCCAAAUGAGACAGUCACUUUCACUUGUCAUGGCAGCCAUAUAGUUGCUACUCGGUGGGAACUGGAUCUGUACGCUGAGAAGGAUGCUCUGCAGAUAACUUUUACCUCCAGCCAACCUGUUGGAUCCCAGGAGACGGUUUACAUGGAUGUGAUUUUUGCCAACCUCUCAGAUGUCACUGCAAAGGACGAUAAUGGAAGUGAUGCAGAUAUGACCACUACGCUUACAAUCACAGCUCAUAGAUUGCCUAAUAAGACAAACAUCACUUGCGCGACACCGAUGGAGGAUAAUGUUAUAACCAAGUCAUCGUCCAUUUUCUACUUUGCUGGUCUGUUAUGUUCUUGAAGCUUAAGCUCUUGUUAACUUUUCUUUUCAGAUAUACCUCAUUGGAAUAAUACUUUACCUUCAUACCAAGAGAAGGAGACAUACUUCACAGCAGUACUAGAGCUAGGAGAUAUGUUUGAUGGAGGAGGAGUUCCAAUUGAUCACUACAUUAUUCAAGUGGACAACGGCACACAGUUGGAAACUCCAGGCCCCACUUACAGUUUUGACAUCAUGUACAAUACUACACUGUCAGUGAACAUCUCAGCCCACAACUGUGCAGGAUACAGUGAUUUCUUUCCACUUGAGAUACAAUAUGAUCAAGAUAAUAAUGAAGAGAAGGUGACACCUACCUCUGACAGCUCUAAUGGUGACCUUCGCCAUUCAAUAUUGGAGCUAGCAGGUCUUAUUGGAAUUGGCGUCUUCCUCCUUAUUGUAACAACACUGGUGACUGCGUCGUCUUUAUACCUUAUUCGAAAACACAGGUCAAAAAAAAUCUCACCAUUUCUACAAGUAUCAGAAUGGUGAACAGUUUGGCUAAUACUAGGAUUGACCUGCACAGCAAUAAUGGAACCCCAGCACCAACCCAAACACCUGUGGAAUACUCCUAUGUCCCGAUUACUGCUACCAUAAAGUAUUUAGAGCGAGACUGUACAGGUCAAUACAGCACAGUAAUGAACACAGGUCGAUGCAACUCCUCAGAUAAUUUCAUUGGAACAUAUGCUGAGAUUGAGCUCCUCACCACCAGCUCAGCUCUCCCACCACCACCAGUGACAGAGAGACUGUCCAGUACUCGAGAGCCCAGUGAGAAGCAGCCAUGUCGUGAAGAACCACAGGAACCUGUUCAAGGCGAGGUCGUUUCUAACAAUGGACGAUCACAGGGUCAAGGGGACCAGGAGCAAAACAAUGCAAAACCCACUGAUCUUCAUCCCCUUGACAAGGAUAUCAGUGUUCACUUAAUCCUGCUCCAACUGAGGACUGUACAGUCGUGUUGGUGUGCCCUGGGUGAGGCUGCUGGACUGGAGAGGGAGACUAGGAAUGGAUUAAUGUGGAGUUGGGUGAUGACAGUGCAAAAUUGGCAGAGGUUGUGUUUCGGUGGUAUGAGAGAAAGGAGUGUGUGAGGUGGUCAGAUGUGUCCUCUCUCUGUGAGCAGAUUGGUUUCAACAAGCUAUCCGAAGCCUUUAGCACUGCUUACAUCACCGGGGCUCUCCCAGUCAAAUAUGAUCCAGAGGUGGAGCUCCCAAUCCCAGACAAGACUACUGCCCCAGUUCUGCCCCCACGCAAAGCCACAUCGGGUGAUAAUGAAGGGGCUCCACCAAUCCCUCCACACAGGUUCUAAUUAGAGAUAAUGAGGGGGCCCCUGCCAUUUCCUCCCUUAGCCACAGACAUGGAGUUGCUUAUAACAAGGAAGCUGCAGUUUUUUCUCUAGAGGUGACCGAGAUUGAUUGUGAUGAAGGGACUCCCCCACCUCCACUUCCUCCUCCCUUAGCCCCUGAGGAUAUUGAUUAUUGAUGACGACGGUCAUACGUUUACAUAGAGUCGUUAGUUAGUCACACGAGGAUUUGUAAGACUACAGCAUUUGUUGUGUUGACUGUAUAAUAAUGUAUGUGUUUAUGAGAUAUUCUCAGCUCC